UAAAGAGUAAGAAAAGUGGAACGUGUCGGUGGUCCAUCUUUUUGAACAUGCAGGCUCCUCACUGCACUUUUAAUUUCACACCCUACUUCCACUGUUACUAUAUUUAACACCUUUCUUAAUGCCUCAAAAAGAUUAGAGCAUUUUUUGUAGCUUCAUUUUCAAGUGACCUCUCCUUCCACUUUCCAUCUCCACUCUCCACUAACCAAAUUAAAACAGUACAGAGUCUAGUCAGUUCUCUAUAGCACUCUCUCUAGCUAUUUCUCUUUUCUAAUUUGAUCAAAGGGUGGGUGAGGCAAAAACUUGAGAAAAUGGGAGUAAAUUUAGCUCUUUUCAAGAAUCUAAUUGUGGUCAUCAUAGUGGUGAUAAUGGCUAUGGAAAAUGAGGGUAAUUGGGUAACUGCAAAUGGGACUUGGGCAGGUUCAAAGUACCAGAUUGAAUGUACAAUGUGUGCAGCAUGUGACAACCCAUGUGCCACCCCAUCUCCGCCAUCACCUCAGCCACCCUCUCCUCCGCCGCCAUCUUCCUCCAAUAAUUGUCCUCCACCACCGUCCCCCCCUAGCUCCGGUGGAAACUACUACUACUCUCCACCGCCGCCACCGCCCUCUUCCUCCUCCGGUGGCGGCGGCGGCAAUUACUACUACUCACCACCUCCUCCUGGUGGAUCAAUUGGUAAUUACUAUCCUCCACCCUACCAAAAUUACCCUUCUGGCCCUCCACCUCCACCUCCAAAUCCAAUUGUUCCCUAUUUCCCAUUUUACUUCUACAAUCCUCCACCGCCUUCACAAUCUGCUGCUUUCAAGCUCACUGUUUAUUCUUCUAAAUCUUAUUUUUUUGUCACUGCGUUCAUUGCCUUGUUCAUUUUCCUUUGAUAAUUCACAAAGGGGGAAUUAAAUAAAUUGUCGGAAUCACAGAUCUACAGUCUUUGCGGAGAUAAGAGCAAGAAUUUGAAGAUCGAAUAUUCAAUUGUCCGAAGAAAAAUGGAAAGCUGAAGUUGUCCUCUCUUUUUUCUCUCAUCCUCUGGGGUAUUCUGUAAAUUCUUGACAAUUGUUCUUAUGCUUUCGUAAUUUUAGUAGUUUUUUUUGCUUAACUUAAUUCAUAUUCGUACAGAAUGUAAGAAAAUUUUAGCCAAUUUUGCAAGAUGAAGUUAACUUCUCAUUAA